GCUAUCGUAACCGUUUGGAACGUUGUGCGAUACGGAAACCAGUGCACUUCCGCGAAUAUACGCUGUAUGAGUAGUUUUCUGACAAGUUUCUUCAUUAAUAUUAUUAUUAUAAUAUUCUUCAGUCCGUCGCUAGUCGAGUACCGAUACUCCGAGUAGCUGAAACACGCGAGUGACCGGAACCUAUAUAACACUGUCCAGCUCCACCCUAUAUGCCUGUGCGCCUACAGUGAUAGAGAAUGGACGAGCACGACAGAGACAUUGAUAUAUCUGUUCGAGGAGGAAAUUCUGGCAGCCGCGUUAAACAGCCCAAAACUCCCGAGAAACAAAGGUUAAACAAGCAACAAAAAUAUGUUGAUAAGGAUCCUGGACUAUUAAAGUUUACGAGACCAUGGAAUCAUAACACUACUAGUUAUAAGUGCAGUACUGUUGCCUUGGCUGAUAUUAGACUUAUUCGACGAACGCUUUAUGCUGUUCCUGAUAAAGUUACGCAGGAUAUGAGGUUUUUCAUCACCUGCAGCAGACUGCUAUGCAUACGUCUUAAAGACAAUAUAAGAAAUGAAAAAGAUCCCAAAAAAAAAUCUGACCUGAUGAUCGAACGUCGAAUACAUAGAAAGAGGGCAGACGCUUUCUACAAACUUCCAAAAGAAGAUUCUCCAAAUUCAAUAACUUUUUGCUUUGAUAUGCAGCAGGUGCAACCAUUGCCUCGCACCCCCAUUUCAGAUGCCUUUUACUCUCACCAAUUCGAGGACAUAGCUUCCUUCCACCAGGUUUUUGGCCGUGUGGAAAAAUCUUUAAGAAAAAACCCAACAAUAUUAAGCAAGGAGGAAUACUUUGAAAAAUAUUCUGAGUUUGGAACUGUGAAAGAACUUGGCAUUGAGUGGAAUCUUUACGACAUUAAAAAUCUGCAAGAUUGUCUUAAGAAAAUUGUAGGUAUUUCCGACUACAAGCGAAUCCUUAUCAAGAAAUCCCUUAAUAAAAUAGGACAAGAUAUCGUGAAAGUACAAUGUCAUCAAAAUUUUAGAAUGGAAAUUUUAAAUGAAGUGCCCCAACAAAUUCUUAAAAAACGAAAAGAAGUUCCAAUAGUAUUAGAAGAAAUUCCUUUAACGCGAUCUCUUCCCGAGAAAAAGAAAAAAUCCCUAGCUCAUCUGAUGGCUCAACAGUUUGGUACAACCUGGGAGAAUAAUGAAAAUCUAGCGUGGUACAAAAAUAUAUUGCGUGAAGCUCCACUUGAAGCAGGUGCCGUCGAAGUUCAAGAACAAAAUGAGCACGAACUUUGCGAUUGCCUCGAGGAUGACCAAGGAAUACAUAUUUAA